GGGGGGGGGGGGGGGCUGAAUACGCAAAUAAAUCAUUCACAAAUGAACUGUCAUCUUCAUUUUUUUAAACUAGUUUAUUCUAUUAAUUUUCAAUUACGUUGUAUUUCCAUAAUUCAAUGAAAAAUAUGACAGCAAAUUUGCAUAAACCAAUAUAAAAAUAUACGAAUAGGACAAAAAUAGAUGUAAUGACAUCUUUUUAAAUUCUAUUUACCACCCCCACCCUUCUGCGUUCCCUUUAUCUUACAAUAUGUAUUUCAAUCAGUUAAGCCUACCCAAUUCUUGCGAGAAAAAAUGUAAAUUAGGUCUAAUAAAAAUGGGGUCGUUUUCCCCAGGUCACUUUGGACGACAUCUUAGAUGUGAAAAUUUAGAGAAUUAAUUUUCCGACUACAUCUUUUACCAAAGAUGGAGCUGAAUCAAUCCCUUAUUGUUGUGAACUAACUUUUACAAAUAUAUAGUUCAAAAGAAUAUUAUACGAUGAGUGGUUCAAAUGAAAAUCCUCAACCUUCUCUUGCCCGGAUAUCUGGUUUUAGCUUUCAAUUAUCAAAAUUUUCGGGCAAAGCUGGUUUGUUUGAUGGAAAUCUUCGGUCGCCAAGAAACGCCGCUUCCAGUAUCUAAUGACGUCACAAUCCUGGACAAAUAUAUUGACGACAAUAUCCGUGUUCCUGAAAAUCAAUACCGCAGCCGCAGGUUCUACCCCGAAAAAUAUGAAAAUUACGCACCGAGGAUGAAUUGACCAUAAAAAGAAGGAAAUAAUUUUUGGAGUGACGGAUUUUCUCUGUACUCCAAGCCAAGAAAAACAAAGCAUAAUGUAGAGAAGAAGAGUAUACUUGCAGAUUGAUGGCAUGACCAAGCCAAGGCAACCUAGGCCUAUAAAUGGUUGGAUGGCAUCAUCCGGGCACGACACAUUGCUACAGUACCCAAUACCAGGUAGUACGGUCCGAGCCAGGAAAAGCAAAAGACGGCCUCCCCAUACAGACCCACCGACGGCCAUGGCCACCUCACUCAGUCCUCGUUCAUUACAUAACGACAGAGUCUCGUCCCUGUCGAUGCCGACGAACAUGCUGUCCCCUCGUAGCUUCCAACCAUCCGAGGUGUCCCCAAGGACAAUGGCCGCUGCUUCCCAGCAGCUCCAUGACCUGACCCGCGAACAGUACCAGGAGAGGAGACGACCACGUCAGAUCAUCUUCUACCGCAACGGUGACCGAUUCUUCAAGGGGAAGAAGAUGUUGAUAACGCCGCAUCGCUACACUUCGUUUGAAGACCUUCUGAGUGACCUGACGCGGAACAUGAAGCUCCCUUACGGCGUAAGACAGAUCUUUACGCCAGAUGGGACGAAGGUCAGAGACAUUGAGGAACUCAAGAACGGAGAGUCCUAUGUCUGUGCUUCUUUUGAGAGGUUGAAGAAAUUGAAGUAUGCAUCUUCUACAGGAUUUCCUGGUUGGAAUACAGGGUCCCAAAGGAGAGAUCCAAAGAGUGAUGCACAUCUCUACACCCACAUACCUGUUGGGUUAUCCUACCCGACCGAAGGAAAGUAUGCAGAGAUGUACGGCAGGACUACCUUUGGUUCCGGUCACACCGGCCCAGGCUCCUUUGCCCAUCAUAGGAAUAAAGCUGGAGCAAGUCUUGAUGGAGAUUCCAAAGCGUUGGGCAUCCUUCAUUCAGACCGAAGCCCCAUCAAGCCAAGAGUGGUCAAGAUUGUCAAGACUGGACCCAAGCCUAGGAAGAUGGUGUCUCUGCUGAUCAACAAACGUAGUGUACAGUCUUACGAACAAUUGAUCCAGGAUGUCUCAGAUGCCUUUGGCCUGCCAAAGUACAAGAACAACAGGGUACGGAAGCUGUAUACGGUGAAAGGGAAGGAAGUGAAAAGCCUCGUUGAUUUUUAUAGAGACAAGGAGGGAGUGUUUAUUGCAUCGCCAUCUAGAAGCAGCCUCUCGGAGGAUACUUUUCUUGACAUUUAUGAAGAGCUCUUCCCAGACAGUCCGUACGCCCAGAAUUUCCGUAAGAGGAAAGGUAAAAAGAAAGAUGGAGCAAAACAUGAUAGUGGAAUAAGUGAUGAGGAAGUCAAGAUAGGAAAGAACAAAAGAGACAGAAAUAAACUGAAGGACAGUGAUUCAAGGUUGAACGAUAGCAGGGGGUCAGAUUUGACAAUCGAUAGUUUAAAUGUUAAUCAAAAGGACAGUGAUUGGAAGAGGGAGGAGGAAUUGGAGAGGAGAAGGAAGGAAUUGGAGGAGAGAAUGCAGGGAGAUAUCAAGAAAAAGGAAUCCGAGUUACAACAGAGAGAAGAAGAAUUACGAUUAAAGGAAGAAGAGUUGAAGAUGAAGGAGCAGGGUGAACGAGAGAGGAAGGACAGAGAGCGAGAAGAUGAACUGGCAAGAAAAGAGGCAGAAUUGAAAGCAAAGGAGGAAGAAUUGAAGAGAAGAGAGAAAAAAGAGGGGCAGAAGCUGCAGGAACUCCUAGAAGCUGAUGCACAGCGUAAAAUAGAGGAAGCCAGGUUGAAAGCACAAGCUCUGGCAGAGAGAGAAGCCAGGGAAGCAGCGGAAAGGAGAGCAGCGAAUGAAACAUCAAGGAGAGAGGAAGCAGAGAGAAAUGCAAAGCUUGAGAUUGAGAAGAGGAAAAGAGAUGAAGAAGAUCUCAAAAGAAAAGAAGAAGCAGAGAGGAGAGGAAGACUUGAAGCAGAAAUAAAUGUCAAAGAAAAAGAAGCAAGGAGAGCAUCAGCAGAGAGGAGGGCACGCGAGGAAGCGGAGAAGAGGAUCCAACAAGAACAAAGGCUCAAGGAGAAAGAAGAGGCAGAACGAGAAGCGAGAGAGGCAGAGAAGUUGGCCAGGGAGGAAGCACAAAGCAGGGCUCUCUCAGAGAAACAAGCAAGGGAUGAAGCCGAGAGGAAAGCAGAAGAAGCGCUUCGAUACAAAGAGGGACAGGAGGAAGAACGCAAGAAACGAGAAGCAGAAAGACUUGCACGGCUUGAGGCUGACCUGAGGAAGGAAGUGGAAAGACGUGCAGAGGAGGAUUCCAACCAGAAGGAUUCUCCUUCUCCUGACUCUCAAACCGAUGCCAAUGAUAACAUUGUCUACAAACAAGAUGAAAGUAACACUCCUACUCCAGAAACACCUGAAGAAAGAUUCAUCCACCAGCCUAGAACUCUUGUCAAGAAGUCUGAUAUCUUGGUGAAAUAUGAUAUCGGGGCUAAGAUUGGUGAUGGAAACUUUGCCGAUGUCCAUGAAGCCACCAAGAAGGAGACAGGGGAUGUGUUUGCCAUGAAGGUCAUCGAGAAGGCAAAGGUUAAGAACAAAGAACACAUGGUGGAAAAUGAGAUUGCUAUUAUGAAGCAUGUUCGUCAUCCCAACAUCGUAAGGCUGUACGAGGAGUACGAGACUCGGGGCCAUAUCUACCUUGUGAUGGAGUACGUAACCGGAGGUGAUCUCUUUGAUGCUAUCACAGAGAGUGUCAAGUUCACAGAAAGAGAUGCUGCUCUGAUGGUGACUGACCUUGCCAAGGCCCUCAAGUACCUUCAUGACCUGAAUGUCGUCCAUCGUGAUCUGAAGCCUGAGAACUUGCUGGUGAACAAAUCCGAGUCGGGGGAGAUAACCCUGAAGCUUGCUGACUUUGGUCUUGCGAUGGAAGUGAAGGCACCUAUCUAUACUGUGUGUGGCACACCCACCUAUGUGGCACCUGAGAUCCUGGGAGAGACAGGAUACGGUUUGGAGGUCGACAUGUGGGCGAUAGGAGUCAUCACUUACAUCCUGCUGUGUGGAUUCCCGCCAUUCCGGAGCCCAGAUAGAGACCAAGAAGAACUCUUUGAACUCAUCCAAGCAGGAGAAUUCUCUUACGUCUCACCUUACUGGGAUAACAUCUCCUCAGCUGCCAAGGAUCUUAUAAACCACCUCCUCGUGGUCGAUAAAGAGAAACGCUACACAGCUGGUCAGGUUCUCAAACAUCCGUGGGUCACCAGCGAGGGCGCUGCAGGCAAACAAAUCAACCUGCAGCGGGAGGUGUCGAUGAACCUUGAGAAGAACUUUAAGGAUCGACGGAGUGCGAAACGGAAGCCAGUCGCUCCCAAGAACUGAAACAGUCAUGUCACAAAGUGAAUGGAAGACCUAGUGUAAAUAUAUAUGUAUGAGCAUUUAUUUUAGCACAAUAUUCUUCAUAUUCAUAUUUAUAUAUCAUACACUCACCAGUGACAAUUCAGGAAGUUUUACUAGUAAUUUAUUAUGUAUAUCUAGAUAUUAACAAUUCAUUGGUUCCAUGACCUUUGCUCCUGCAACAAUUGCUCCUACUGAAAAUCAAUAUAUUAAGCCAGACAUCAACCUGAACUUCAAACAUAAUGUAUAGCUUAAUCCUAUUCCUCACAUUAUUCUGAACCUUAAACCCUACGACAAUCCUAACCUUCACAUAUUAUCUCCAGAGAAACUUGCGGAGGAGCAAGUGUCGCAGGAGCACAUGUCCUGUUACCAUUUCAGGAACUGUUUGACAAUUAUAAGGAGUGAAUCUGAUUCAAAUUAAAACCAGGUAAUCUUCAAAUAUAUGUUUGAGUAAAAUCUGAAAUAAUUGUAUUAUAUUGUGAAUAAAGUCUGUAUAUUCAAGAAGUCUUGGUAAAUGCAGGGUUUUGGUUUUUUUUGUAUCCAUAUAUCAUAAUCAAGACAAUUCGAAAUUGAAUAUAUAUCAUCAUGCUAUGACAAAAAUUGAAAUAUAUUCUCUGUCUUUAUGAUAUCCUAUAAAUCUUGUUUGUGAUAGAUAAACAUAGAUUUGAAGCCUGUCUAUCAAUCUGUCAAUCAGUAGAACGAAUCCUUUUCAAGGCUGCGUAUUUGAGGAAUGAUUUUUACACCUCAGGAAUACUAAUAUUUGAUAGUCAGUUUCUGAUGAUUUCAUGUCUGGGUUAUAUUUGUUAUAUGUGACGUGACCGUGAUUUCUUAGUUAGCUUUGUGAUUUCAUGUUCAAUGUGCAGAUAUUUUGUUUGCAUGUGGCAAGGAAGACCGUGAUGUUUUUUUAUCAUUUGCCUUGAAUGCAGUAUUAUGGCAGGUCUUACUUAAUUGGAUGAUUGUCAAGUUUAGGCUUUAUUGUUAGCGUUGUUGUUGGAAGCAUAAUCUGAAUUUACAAAAAUGGUCAAAAUCACAAUAUUGAUAUUAUAUUGCUAAACACCAAGUUAGACUUGGAGUUAGCCAGUCUUAUUUCAAGUUUGGUGCUGUGCUGAUGUCAAAAAAUGAAGUAACACCAAUAUCAAAAAUAUUAACACAGAACGUGUUGUGGCAUGUGAAAAUGAAUCUACAACAAACUCUGGGAUUCAGUGGGAAAUAAUUGUUGAUGUUAGAUUUCAGACUUAUGAAAGUUUCUUUUAAUCAGAACAGUUAUGAAGAAGUUUUGGAGGCUGCUUAGCAAUGUAGUAUCUAUUGAUAUAUAGUAUACAUUGAAGGCAAUUUACAAUUUAUUUUUGUCAUCAUUUUCCUGCCUCCGCCCACCAAAGGUGGUUUCUGUCUGGAAGCCACUACGUUCUCAGGUUAUCAGUCAAGUCAUGGCUGGUUUUUUUUUUCUCAUAUAACCAGUACAUCAUUUGGAAAUUGACUUCUAAUUUAUGCUUGAUAGAUACAGUCAAACCUGUAUUAGUGGCCACCUGCCUAUAAUGACCACUAAAACUGAUUCCCAUGAAGGAAGAUUGUGUGUAUAAGAACCUGUCUAUAGCAGCCACCUGCCUAUAGUGACCACUAAAACAGAUUCCAAUGGAGGCAGGUCGUGUGUAAAAGCACCUGUCUAUAGCAGCCAUCUGUCUAUCAAGGCCACAUUUUGUGUUUCCCUUGGGUGGUCACUGUAGACAGGUUUCAAUGUACUUAUUCAAUUUGGGGUUAUGAAGGUCACAGAGGCUUGCUGUGAUAAUUAAAGAACAAUUUGAAGGGUCACCUUCAAUCUUGGGUCAUAUGAGUUUUACAGUGAUGUACUGUACCGGAGACUAAUGGUGUUCUGAUUAGAUUUUUAGAACUUAUACUGGUCAGACAUUAAAUUUCAGGGUCGUGUCUUACAAAGAGUUAUGAUUGAUCCAGUCAAUCGUAACUCUAUGGAAAUCCAUCAAUGUCAUAAUUUUUUUUACAGGAAAUUUGCAAAAUGUCCUUUGUAAACAAAGGCGAACACACAAAAUUGUCAAGAAAACAAUGAAUUUAUGAGUAUACAUCAUAUCUAGAAAAUAUUUUGAACAAAUUUGCAUUUAAGAUGUUGACGUUGCUGGCCGUCCAUAGUUGUGGUUGAUCAGAUCAAUCGCAACUCUUUGUAAGACGGGGCCCAGAUCUGGCAUGGCAGAGGCAUAAAUUUCAAUUGCAAACAGUUGAGACUAUCUUUCGACAUGCUGGUAUCCAGCUUGGCAUGGAUGGCAUGCAUGGUUUGUGUCUUCAAAAUUCAAAGAGCCUUGCCUCUCUUGCUUCUUGAUUUGGGACAAUAAAAACAAUAUAUUUGGGGAAUUAAAAAAAAACAUUUUGAUAGGACCAUGUAUAAGAAUUUUUUUUAAAGUGAUUGACUGACAAGAAAUGCACAGACUAUAUGCUGAAUUAAACUUCUCAGUGAAAAAAAAUGGUUACUCAGGAAAAGAACAAAUCCAUACUGUAUGGUGUAUUCCGUCAAGUUAUUGUUCUCUAGCACGUACAAGAUGAUGCUGAAUCAUGCAUUUGUUUGUGUUGUUUCAUUUAAUACUUUUUUGUGUUUAUUUGUUUUAUGUCAAUCGGAAAUGUCAAAAUGUCAAUUUCUCAUCCUGCUUUCUUGCAGAAAGAAUGCAGUAUAUUUACAUAUUCUGUCUAUCUAUUGCAUAUACAUUUCUCUCGGAAAAAAUUUGACAAAAGUUUGUUAUUACGUGUUCUAUUUGGAUGUAUAAAAUGUUGAAGCAUCUCGUAAAUCAGCAACUCUGUAGUAAUCCAAGAUUGUAAAUGUUCCUGUUUGGCGUGUGGAAUACAGUACGCAAAGCUUUAUAGUAUGUGUGUAUAUGUAGUUCAAACUUGUCAUCAUUCAUAGCAAUUCAAGAAUAGUCUGAAGGUUGUCAUGAUUUAGUGCACCACUAUUAAAACAUGUUAUCCAAGAAUGAUAGUGAUAUAUCUCUUAAGUACAGUGCUGUGCAAAUUAUGGUAAGCUGAUAAAAAAAUCAUCAUUCUGAAGAAAAUCAAAUGUAAUAUUUCAACUUCAAAUUCAAAUGUAAUAUACAUGCACAUCACUUGUAAUUAAACGUUAAUAUUUACGAUUCAAAUUCAAAUGUAAUAUACAUAUAUACAUCACAUAUAAUCAAAUGUUAAUAUUUACAAUUCAAAUUCAAAUGUAAUAUUUCUUAAUCAAAAUUGAAAUGUAAUUUAUAAUUCAAAUCGAAAUUCAUAUCUAAGAUCAUUAAGCAUGCAUUACCAUUGCCAGUUUUUCUGGUACAAUAACUGGCAACACCCUAAAAUAGAAGAAGUGGUUUGGUUAUAAGAUAAGGAAAAUAUUAUGUAGUAUAUUUUUUGUUGGGUUACAUGAAGAUUAACAUCACAUUGGAUGCUGACAAUUUGUUUGAGAUGCAUGAUUGAGAAUAUCUACUUCAAUAUCUGGAAUCUUAAUAGGACAUUCAUUUUGAUUGCUAGUUUUUGAAAUCACUGUUUCAUUAUGGGGGAAAACUCAUAUCAUAAUUUGGCAAUACAAUGGCUACAUUGGUUAUGUAGAAGCAUUCAAGAUAUCAGAGCUGCCAAUUAUAGGAUUUUAUCAUAUUUAGUAGGAUUUUUAAGGGAAAAGUAAUACUAAAUACAAUUUUUAUCCUAGAAAUAGGAUUUUUUAAACUUGUAAGAAUGAUGAGUUUUCAAAAUUUUAAAAGAAAUAUAGGAUUUCAUGCUUGAAAAUAGGGUAAAAGGAAAUGAAGAAUAGUCUUUUUUUUAACAGUUUAGAUUGGCAGCUCUGUUGUAUACAUGAAGGCAUGCCAAAUGCUAUUGGGGGUGUCACAGGAUGCAAGUACACCCUUUGCUAUUUUUUCAUAUUGAAUUAUCUUUUAUUAGUUGAUUUCCCAUCUGAUAUUCACUUAUUCUGUGAAUUUACAAUGUACUCAUAAUCUUAUAUCUUAGAUUAUUUUAGUCUCCAUUUUGGACAUUAUUUGCAGCUUUAAUAGAUGUAUUAGAUACACUGUGCAGUACUCAUGUGCUCUAGCUACUUAAUUUACUGUUGUAGUAUGAUAUGCAUGUUUUCUAUUGUAUGUUCUUCAGUUCAAUUUCUUCCAUCAUUACAGUAUAACACCUUGAACAAAAAUAAAAUGUAGUAUUAUUGUAAUCAGAAAGAAAAAAUGUUUUUAUGCUUAGAUUUAAAAAUCAUGUACAGUAAUCUAGUAUGUUUUGUAUUAUAUUUUUUUUUAUCAGAUGGUUUAAAGUAAAUGUAUUCAAAGUCAUAGUAAGGAGUGAUUUUUUUUCUAUGUUAGAAUGGCUAAUGUAGCACAAACUAUAGUUUUUGUCACUUUUAAAAUGAAAUAAAGUAUGUGAUUAAAUAGCUGUAUUAAGAUGGAUGAACAGGGACAUGUCUUACAAAGAGUUAUGAUUGAUCUGAUGAGUCACAACUAUGGAAAGCCAGGAACACCAAAAUACAUUAUCAUCUUGACAAAUCAGUGUACUCCUCUAUGUGUCCAGAGAGGCAUUCUAUAAUUUUCAUAGAUGAAGAAUUAUGACAUUAAUGGCUUUCCAUGGUUUAAGAUAAUCAGAUCAAUCACAAGUCUUUUUUAAGGCAGAGCCCAGAAUUCAAGUUUUGAUAAUUCUAUCACAAAAUGAUUAAUGUUUAUUCAAGUCUGUGGAAUAACCUUCCAAUCACAAUCGUGGCUUUGAAACCUUGCUUCGGUAUGUUUACACAAUCAGAUAAAUAGUUGCAUCAGAAUGAUUUUGUGUGAGAGUAGAAAUUGAAAACAAAUAAUGUCUGCAUUAUAGUGCCUUUACACUCCUUUCAAACCUAUUAUAAUCUUUCUUUUCAAAUAAGUAUUCUUCUUAUGCAAACAAAAUAAGCCUUGAAGCAGAAUCUAAUAAAUUCAAAUAAAGAUA